GUUGUGCAUUAUGAGUUCCUUCCCCCGGGUCAAACAGUCAACAAGGAAUAUUAUUUGAGUGUGAUGCGUCGUUUGCGUAACGCUAUCCGCCAAAAGAGGCCGGAAUUGUGGAAAGACAACUCUUGGUUUUUGCACCAUGAUUAUGCAUCGUCUCACAAUGCGAUCAUUCUUCGUGAACAUUUCGCCAAAAACUCGACUCAUAUCGUUCCACAACCACCGUAUUCACCUGAUUUGGCACCGUGCGACUUCUGGCUGUUCAACAAGCUCAAAAGACCGCUCCGGGGACACCGUUUUGAGACGAUAGAGCAGAUUGAAGCCGCAGCGAAGACGGAGCUGAGGGCCAUCCCUGAAGUCGACUUUUUCAACUGUUUCGAAGAUUGGAAAAUCCGUUGGCAUAAGUGCAUUGUAUCGGGAGGGGAUUACUUUGAAGGCGAUGAAAUUGAUUUGGAAGAAUAAAUAAAGAAUUUUCAAAAUAAAUGCAAUGUCACCUUACUUUUUGGACACAGUAGUAAAUCAUGAUUUUUCUGGCUUUCGUUCUUAUUUCUGUAUCCAAGCGAUUGUUGGCAAACGAAAAGAAGAGAAACAUCAUUUUAUCACCGGUAAAAGCGAUUAAAUGGUGAUCUUUUAAAAGAAAGGGGAGCAGUCGUAAAAAUCGACCAUAAAAUUCGAUGUGACUUCUUCACAGUUUAAUGCAAUAUUUGUUCAUAAAGUAAUUUGAUAAAUAAAAUGCACCAAGUGAUGUGAUGUGAUGAAAAAGGUUAUGGUGUUAUGAAGUUCAAUGGGUCGCUUCGGUACAAUAAUCGAUGUGUAGGGCCGAUUUUUUAUGCUGUCCAAAAAUAACAACCAAAUUGACGAUCGAGCAGAAAAAAACGCAGCCAAACCGAAAUGAAAUAUGCAGUUUGGUUGGAAACGAGUUUGCAAUAUUCAUGGCAUCGUGCGCACAUUUUUCAUCGUCGACAUUCGUCGUCGUCGUCGUCAUCGUCGCAUAGUUGGAGUGUGUAUGUGCCAACAGCACAUACGAGCGUCGCACGAGAGAUCGCUUUGUUUCGUUUUCGUUUUCAAUAAACAAGCCAAGUGUACGUUGUUUUUUUUUCUCAUCUACAUUUGCAUUUUCUAUAAAUAACAAGAUCCGCAUGUAGACAACGCGCUCGCGCCAAGUAACUGUCGUGUGGUCCGAAAUGAUAUGCACGUAGUCCACACAGUCACCGAAAGCAUCAGCAGUAAACAUAUGUAGGCUGUUUGGUGAGUGUGUCGUUGAAAAAAGAGUUGCGAAGCGGCGAACCGUGUUUGGUUCCGUAUAUGUGGUUUAGUGUGUUGUUUAUUUGUUUUGAGCCGAUUUAGUUUAUUCGAUGCGCUGUAGCGAUGGUUGUGUGUCAGUGAUGCGGCAUAAUGCUGAUAUCGGUUAGCCGUUGUGUGAUGCUCUUUAUGCUGGCCACUACGAACUGUGAGAGCCGUUGACAUCAUCGUUGAUGGGGGAUACCGUGCUGGCGUGUAUGCGCGCGACCGUGUAUGUAUGACUACUCCUUUCACAACACAUGGUCAUGCGAAUGUUGGCAAAGCAAAGCCAAUACUUGCAACUCGUCUUAUGCAAACCGCACUACUCUGUUGGACUGGAAAAAAAACUUUCUCUCUUCUUUCCGCGCUGAAAGAAAGAAAAAGCAUAACGUCGCAAUGAAGAGCGACGAUUACGGUGGCGGCAACAGCAGCAGCAGCGGCGGUGAUGGUGGCGAGUGUGUGUACGCGCUAGCACGCGUAAGCGAUCGUUAUGACGGCUCCAAUAGAGCCCCCUCAGUAUAGAUUCGAUGUGUUAGCUGAACAGCACAUCAGUCCAUUGAAACACUUUCAGCGAAGUGGUUUUGGUUUUAGUGCCAACAAUUUUGUGAUCUCUCGAACAAACAGCAAAUUGUGGCUCGUUUCUUGCAAACGACCAAAACGAGUCUGAAGAGAAAAAAAAGUCGAUUUUCGAGAGAGCUGAUUUUAGACGUGUCCGAGUGCGACGAUCACAAGUGGAAUUCGGAUUUUUCCAUGUGGAAGCGCAUUGGACUCAGACCGCAUUUCUAAAUGGAUUUUAUGUUGAACACACUUUAUAUGGAUAUUCUUAAAAUAACAAAAGUGAGAGUGUAAAUUUUGCGCGCGGAUGCUAAGUGAAAUCGGAAGAAUUUCCUUAAAAGAACGAGAAAAAAAAUCAAGUUUAGACUAACUCGAUGAGUGUUAUUAAGUGUUAAACAAAAAAAAUUGAUUGCGUGUGCUUCUCUUCCUAUAAACAAUUUACAAGAUAAACAAUCACACCGACAAAAAUGGAACUCAAGCUGAUAUCAUUUGCAAUUUGCAUAUUUCUAGUCACAAAUGCAUAUUGUUCGCGAUCCGUACCGGCCGAUUUGAAAUCGCGUGUUCGUCUCGCAUUGAAAUUGGAGAAGACAAAUGUAAACACAUGCGACACAAAUGUGAAGAUAGCCCCAUGCCCACCGAGCAAAUUCCGAUCUCCAACUGGUGAAUGUAACAACAUUUUGAAUCGUAGCCACGGUGCCCGAGGCGAUGCAUUCCUUCGAUUGUUGGAACCAAGCUAUGCUGAUGGUCGCGUUCAACCAAGAACCUCGACCGGUUCACAUGCAUUGCCUGCAGCCGAUUUUGUGGUCGAUGAAAUCCACAAAUCGGUGGAUGAGACUUUGUUGCAUCCACACAUCACAGCCAUGGCUCCAGCAUGGGGUCAAUUGUUGGCCUACGAUUUGGCUGAAAUCUCGCCAUUGUCCAGCAGCAUGAAAUGCUGCAAAAACAACGGCAAAUACACAACCGCCGAUGAAAUCGAACAAUGCUACGUACGAUCGGGUGCUGACUGCAAGGAAUACAAACGAUCGGUGCCAUCAGUGGAACAAGGCAAUUGUGAAAUAAAGCAUAGAAAUCAAAUGAAUUUGGCCUCCGGAUUCAUCGAUGGAUCGGGCUUGUACGGCGCAACCGAAAAAGAAAUCAACUCAUUGAGAUUGUUCCGUGGUGGUAAGGUCGAUAUUCGUGCCUGUCCUCGAUGCACUGAAUCCGGAGCCGUUGGUGCAUUGCACACCAUUUUGUUGCGGGAACACAAUCGCAUCGCCACCAUUUUGUCCGACAAAAACCCAACGUGGAGCGAUACCGUUCUAUUCUUGGAGGCUCGUCGCAUUCUGGUCGCUCAAAUUCAACACAUCACCUACAAUGAAUUCCUUCCAAUCAUCUUGGGACAACAAAUUGCCAACAAAGAAAGCUUGCGAAUGGUCUUUGGCAAACACUACGAUGGCUACUCGAGCGCUAUUCGACCAGGUGUCUACAAUGAAAUCGCAACCAGUGCUUUGCCAGCAUUCUUAACGAUGCUGCCAAAUGGCAUGACAAACGAAUCAACAACCAUUGAAACUUUGUUGAGCGCAUCGGCUAUGCUGAAAACAUUGAAACCAAACAGCCUUGAAUUCAAUCAACACUGGUCACCAAUCGAAUUGGCCAUUCAUCGUAGUCGUGAUCACGGUAUUCCAGCUUACCAUAAAGCAUUGAACCUUUGUGAUGCGCGUCUGCCAAGCGUUGAGCAAAAAGUAUCAUUCGAUGAUCUUGAAUUGUAUGGCGGUCUAAGCAAUCACAGCCGAAAAGUAUUGGAGGCUAUUUAUCAAAACGCUGAAGAUGUUGAUCUUUUGGCCGGUGCUCUGUUGGAAACACCAGCAUUGGGAACAAUCUUUGGACCAACACUCUCAUGCGUAUUGUCCAUUCAAUUCGAUAAACUGAGAAACAGCGAUCGAUUCUGGUAUGAAAACGAUAUUCCACCAUCAUCACUCAAUUUGGAUCAAUUGAGCGCCAUUCGUCGAGUCACUUUGUCGGGACUUUUGUGUACAGCCGGUCAAAUGAAACGAUCACAACCAAAAGCAUUCAUCAAGGAAGAUCCAUACUUGAACUACCGUCAAACAUGCAAACAAUUACCAGGCCUUGAUUUAUCUGCAUGGCAUACGGAUGAAGAGCCAGAAUUCACAACUGAAGCUGACGUCGAAGAAGAAACAGCAACUCCAGCCAUUGAAGAUGUCAAUGAAGAUCUCAUCAAAGCCGCCAUCGAAAAGGCUAAAGUUGAUUUGAACGAACGUCGCCGAUUUGAAUACGAAGCAUGGUUGAACAACGGUGGAAUUGAUGCGCGAUCACCAGAUGGAACAGCUGCUUCAUUCAGUAAAGCCAAUAAAAAUGCCAUAAGAAUGGGUAACUCGUCGUUGUUCUUUGAAUUUGUUUCAAAUGAAAUCUUGAGCUCACUGCAAGGAAUUCAUCGUCGUAAGCGUCAAACAUUCGAUACGAAUGCAUUGAUUGGAGUGUUCCGUGAUGAUUUCCAGAAUAGUUUGCAGAACAUUGAUGUGAAUUCGUUGUUGUCGGGUUCAAUUUCACCCGUUUCGCUUGAGCCACAAUGUGAAGACUUUACUGCGCCAUGUGAUCCAACAACACCAUUCCGAACGUUGACCGGUCAUUGCAACAAUAUCCGCAAUCCGGAAUGGGGAAAAUCAUUGACAACAUUCAAUCGUUUACUGCCACCUGUGUACGAAGAUGGUAUAUCACGUCCGCGUCAAACAUCAGUGAGUGGAAUUCCAUUGCCAAAUCCACGUACCAUUUCAUCGCUCAUUCAUCCGGACAUUUCAAAUUUGCACACACGCUACUCGUUGAUGACGAUGCAAUUUGCUCAAUUUUUGGAUCACGAUUUGACUAUGACCCCGAUUCACAAAGGUUUCCAUGAGUCAAUUCCAAAGUGUCGUUCAUGCGAUUCGUCACGCACCGUACAUCCCGAAUGUAAUCCAAUCCCAAUUCCACAAGGUGAUAAUUUCUAUCCCGAUUUGAAUGUGACCAGCGGUGAGCGAAUGUGCUUCCCAUUCAUGAGAUCGUUGCCAGGUCAACAAUCGUUGGGCCCACGUGAACAAAUCAAUCAAAAUACUGCCUUCCUGGAUGCAUCACAAAUUUACGGUGAAAAUACAUGUUUGGCCAAUAAAUUGCGUCACUUCGAAAACGGUCGCAUGAAUUCAACAUACCAUCCAGUCCGUGGAAAGGAGUUGUUGCCACGUUCCGAUCAACAUCCCGAAUGUAAAUCACCAAGUGGCUACUGUUUUAUAGCUGGUGACGGUCGUGCUUCGGAGCAACCCGGUUUGACGGCCAUUCACACCACUUUCUUGCGUGAACACAAUCGCAUUGUUGACGGUCUUCACACGGUUAAUCCACAUUGGGAUAACGAUAGAUUGUUCCAACAGGCUCGUCGUAUUGUCGCCGCUGAAAAUCAACACAUUACAUACAACGAAUUUUUGCCACGUCUGCUGAGCUGGAACGCUGUCAAUUUGUACGGUUUGAAAUUGUUGCCACAGGGUUACUACAAGGAGUAUGAUCCAACAUGUAAUCCGGCUAUUGUAACUGAAUUCGCUGCAGCCGCAUACCGUAUCGGUCAUUCAUUGUUGCGACCACACAUUCCACGAUUAAGUGCUAACCAUCAACCAAUUGAUCCACCACUUUUGCUUCGUGAUUUCUUCUUCAAAAUGGACGCAUUGAUGGCACCCGAAAUGAUGGACGAAAUUUCUCGCGGUUUAGUCGCCACACCAAUGGAAACGCUCGAUCAAUUCAUCACCGGCGAGGUAUCGAAUCAUUUGUUUGAAGAUCGACGCAUUCCAUUCUCCGGCGUCGAUUUGAUCGCAUUGAAUGUUCAACGGGCUCGUGACCAUGGUAUCCCAUCAUACAAUAACUAUCGUGCAUUGUGCAAUUUGAAACGGGCACGCACGUGGGAAGAUUUGAGCCGCGAAAUUCCACCAGAAGUUAUUACACGUUUCAAACGCAUUUACGCAUCAGUUGACGACAUUGAUUUGUUCCCGGGAGGCAUGUCAGAAAGGCCUCUGCAAGGCGGUUUGGUUGGACCAACAUUCGCUUGCAUCAUUGGUAUUCAAUUCCGUCAAUUAAGAAAAUGCGAUCGAUUCUGGUACGAAACAGAUGAUCCAAAUUUGAAAUUCACUGAAGCUCAGUUGAAUGAAAUCCGAAAGGUUACACUCUCGAAAGUCAUCUGUGAAAAUAUGGACAAUCCAGGUGAUAUGCAACGUGCUGCCUUUGAUUUGCCAAGCAAUUUCUUGAAUCCACGAGUUCCAUGUCACACGAUGCAACAAAUGGACUUUAAUGCAUGGAGAGAGAGUACCGUUUCAGGUUGUCAAAUUGGCGGUCGUCAAGUGGCCGUUGGACAAUCAGCAUUCCCAUCACCAUGUACUAGCUGCAUAUGUACAAAUGAAGGCCCUCAAUGUGCAUCACUUCGAAUCACAGACUGUGCGCAAUUGGCGCGUGAAUGGUCAAGAGAUGCAAUUUUGGCCGAUGAUAUUUGCAGUGCACAGUGUGGAUUGGUGGUGCAAAAUUCACCAAGCACCAGCAAUCUUGUUAGUUUGAGUGUGCCACCAACAUCACGAAACACACGAUCACGACCAAUUGCAUCGUGGACAACAACAACCGGUUUCACCGAUUUUUCAUUACCAGAUUUAACUCAAUUCAUAGGCUAAAUCAUAAUCAAUUCAAUUUAAAUAUUAAGCCACCAACCAACGAAAAAUGAUACGUACAUCGAACAAAAAACACCAGCAAACAUCAAGGAAUAGUAAAUAGAACAGAAAAGACAAAUUGACACACACACAAAAAAGACCGAUCGCAUUCAGUUUUAAAAUUUUAGUUAUUUGUAAAUGAGCCAUAUAUAAAUUUAUAAAUAUUGCUUGUAAGAUCUAACUUGUGACGAAAGGUUCACAAGAAAGAGAAAAAAAAACAAAGUACUCGGAAUGUUGUGAUUGAUUUCAAUUACGCUGGAAACUCAUCAAACCGUUUUCUGUGUAAGUGAAACCGAUCGAACUUUAUUCUUUGAAUAUGUCGUGUGUUCCUGUAAAUAUUUGACAAAAGCAGAAUUACUCGCGAAAUCGUUUAUUCCUCAAUUGAUAUUAUUUUGCUUGAAGUUUCUUUUUAUAUUGAAUGUGUACGCAACAUGUUUUGCUCAGUCGAGCAUCAUUUUUUUUUUUAAAUUCUGGAAUCUUUAUUUUAAGUUGAAGAAGAAGAAGAAGAAACCCUCAACGAUGACAACGAUGACAAUAAGUGUAUUUGUAAAUUCAGUUUAAGCUAAACAAUAAGAACAGAAAAUAAAUUAUUGUUUCAAAAACAA